UGGUUUUCGGUUUUAACCGUAAAUUUUCAAGUAUACCCGUUCACAUUUCGAAUAUUUUGUCGUUGAAAUUAACAAGUGGCAGAGAUGAAUGAUUACGAAAGCAACGGACGAGACUACAGUGAAAAUAUCGACGAGGGGCCGGGAAGUGGAGAGACGGAAUCAUUUUUCUCGAGAAAUUCCUCACCUGCUACCUACCAACCCAAGAAACAAGAGCCCGAUAAAAAUGCCGAAAAAAAAUCAAAGUCUUCGCGAUCCUGCGACUGUAACCCUGAGAAAAAAUCGAGAACAGUUAGACGAAGAAAAAUACCACCGUCUGUCAAUCCAUUUAUCAUUUUUUACCUCACGGAGUAUUUCAAAAAUCCCUCGAAACGAGUGACUGAGGUAGCUCGUGAGGCAGGUAAAAAAUGGUGCGGUAUGUCAGAAAGCGAAAAAUCAUGUUAUAUAAAGAGAGCCAAGCAAGAAAGUGCUAAGAGACAGAGAAGAGGACGAAAAAGAUCGCGAGGCGGUUGCUAGGUUGCUAGGUGGGAAACUCCAAUAGAGGUACCUGCAUAAUGAAAAAGAAUGAGAGACCAAGUUAUUACUGCAGUAAAGUUACGAUGAGCUUUUGCUGAUAUCACCUACGAUAAUUUCCCCGUGGUUAAUAUAACUUGAGCAUUGAAAUUAAUAUUAACAUAUACAA